UAACGGAAAAAGCAAAAAAGGAAAAAGAGAGAAAAAAGAAAGAAGAAGCAUAUAUUCAAAUUCUUUCAUCUUUUAAUAUUUUGUUUUUCAAUUAAUCUUCUAUUUCUCUGUUACCUGCUUUAACCUAACCCUAGCUUUGUAGAUAGAGAAAAAAAAAAUUCACAUUUUCGGACCCUUCAGAUCUCUGUAUAAAACACAGUUAAAAUCUUUUUUUCUGUUUUUUUUUUUUUUUUUUUUUUUUUUUGUAUUUUGUUUAAGGUAAUUUGAAAAAUCUAGGGUUUUGAAGAAAGCUUUUUAUCUGGAAUAAAAGGUUGACUUAGUUAGGGUUUUCUUUAAUGGAGCCUCGCGUGGGUAAUAAGUUUCGACUUGGUCGCAAAAUUGGCAGUGGAUCGUUUGGUGAGAUCUAUCUUGGUACUAAUAUACAGACUAAUGAGGAGGUUGCAAUUAAGCUGGAAACUGUUAAGACAAAGCAUCCACAGUUGCUCUAUGAAUCGAAGUUGUAUAGAAUUCUUCAGGGAGGAACUGGAAUUCCAAAUGUGAGGUGGUUUGGCGUGGAGGGAGAUUACAAUGUUCUGGUCAUGGAUUUACUAGGACCCAGUCUUGAAGAUUUAUUUAAUUUCUGCAGCAGGAAGCUUUCCCUGAAGACAGUUUUAAUGCUUGCUGAUCAAAUGAUAAAUCGUGUUGAAUUUGUUCAUUCUAAAUCAUUUUUGCAUCGAGAUAUCAAACCAGACAAUUUUCUUAUGGGCUUGGGACGGCGUGCAAAUCAGGUCCCAUAUUCUUAUGUUUACAUAAUUGACUUUGGUCUAGCCAAGAAGUAUCGAGAUACUUCAUCUCACCAACACAUUCCUUACCGAGAGAACAAAAACUUAACAGGCACUGCAAGAUAUGCCAGCAUGAACACUCACCUCGGUAUCGAACAAAGCAGGAGGGAUGAUUUGGAGUCUCUUGGAUAUGUUCUUAUGUACUUCCUCCGAGGAAGUCUUCCUUGGCAAGGACUGAAAGCAGGAAAUAAGAAGCAGAAGUAUGAGAAAAUUAGUGAAAAGAAGGUUUCGACAUCUAUUGAGGCUUUAUGUCGAGGUUAUCCUACUGAAUUUGCAUCAUAUUUCCAUUACUGUCGUUCUCUCCGCUUCGAGGAUAAACCAGAUUAUGCUUAUCUGAAGAGAAUAUUCCGUGACCUCUUCAUCCGUGAAGGCUUUCAGUUUGAUUAUGUUUUUGAUUGGACUAUAUUGAAGUAUCAGCAAUCGCACGUUGCAGCUCCUCCUUCACGGCCUCUUGGCCCUGGUGCCGGAACCAGCUCAGGCAUGCCUCCAAUUGUUCCCAAUGCAGAAAGACAGACAGGUGAAGAAGAAGGAAGGCAAUCAGCAGAUCCUUCUCGGAGGAGAAGUUCUGGGCCACUUAUAAGUGCUGGAAGGCAGACGAGUCCUAUUGGAAAUGAUUCCAUGAGCAGGGAUGCUAUGUUUUCAAGCUCCACUUUUAUGGGAAGAUCUAGUGGGUCUUUGAGGCGAGAUCUAGUCUCUGGGAGCCGGGAGACUUUCACAAUGGGGAAUGACUCCGACCCUACACAUUCUCGCACACCUGAGGCAAGUCCAGCGACCAUGCACACGAUAUCAGGUGGACAUAGAAGCUCUCCACUUGGUGGAUCGUCUGAUCCCAGAUAUGCCUCAUCUGGCAGGAAUGCUUCUGGAAUAAGGAACUAUGAAUCCACGCUCAGAGGAAUUGAGACUCUACAUUUUGACGAUGAAGAGAGGGCUCAUUGAUUGCAGACCCUUUCACUUGUAAAUUCCUUUUACUUGUGUGGUAGACUUCAGAUUAGAAAUGAGGCCCUGAAAGUUGAUUUUUGUUCGGAUUUGUGGGUUGGAAAUCAGUGAACUAGCAGUUGUUAUUCAAGGUGGCAAAAGAUCUAUAGCAAAUAAAUAGACCCAGAUGGUGCCAAUGCAGGAGAUGAGGUGCUGUUAAUACGAACUCCGACAUGGUGCAUGACUUUAUAAAUCUAGGCAAUGCAUGCAGCAUUGUCUAUAAUCAUUUAACUCUGUCCAACUGUUGGGGAUUAGUUAAACUGUACAUUUGCCAUUGUAAUACUAAAUUUCCCCAUACUCUACAGGUUAGAUGUGGUUGAGGUAAUAUAGUUUUCAAACAAUAGGAUGGUUGUGCAAGGAUAAUGAUAUGUUCAUUUCUCUGCAGUAUAUCGUGUAAUGAUCUGCCAAUUACGA